AUGUCAAGUAGCUGGAAAAAUUCUGAGGAAGAGGAGUACAUGUGGGACGAGAUGCACACUGGAUUGACUAGUCAUGGUGUCCGUACCAACUUGGGCAACGAUGCUUGGACUGCUGAUGAUAAGAAUUUGAACGCUGAAGAUAACCACCACCAAAUCAGAAAUGUUUUUAGGACAAAUGUUGAUAGAGAAAUGACCAAUAAAUCUCAAGCCACUCAAAAGAAACAAUUUCGGCAUCAUCCAUCAUUAUCGUGGAAAUUACAGGACCAGCAAUCAAUUGAUGAAUUGGAUAAGGAACUGGGUCAAUCAGAUGGAUGCAUCCCAAUGUCUGGUUCCUUACUAGGCAAUGAAAACUCUUCUGUAGUCAGGAUGGGGAAUCGUGCUUUCCUGCCCAAUGCAAGAAUUGGGGGACAGCAAUUUCAUUCUGUAGGAUCUGAAUCCACUUCUGGAUAG